UACUUUGUGUGUGUGUGUUUUUGUGUAUCAAAGUGUGUAGUGUGUGUGUUCUGUGGGGAUGUAUGUGUGAAAUGAAACAGUGACCUGUGUUAUGAGUGAAGGACAAUGUCUCUGAAACUACCUCGCCACUGGGACUUCAGCACCUUCAAGGCUGAGACAGCUCGCAUAGGUAAGCUGGUGGCCGUGCUGCGUUCACUGACAGCUGGAUUCACUGGACUGUCUGCUCUUUGAACAUGUAGAGAAAGAUGUCAUUUUUACGUGUGUUAUCUAGACCUAAUUUUUCACAGGAGCAGGAUCAAAAUCUGAGUCAACACAGCUGAGAGUUCACUUUUAAAGUUGAUAUUUCUCUUAUAAUGAUAUUUUCUGCAAAGAUAUUCUUGUUGUGUUGAGUGUAGAUCUCAUAUUUUUGUUGAAGUUAAAGCAGGAGAAGUAAAUCUGGUGGCAUAAGGUGGCGGAUUGUGUGCCUCAUGAUCUUUUUGACCUCGAUGGUGGCUCACCGGAGCUGCACACACACACACACACACACACACACACACACACACACACACACACACACACACACACACACACACACACACACACACACACACACAAAUCACAGUCAUCCAAUAGGAAAGCUCCUGUCUGUUAAAACCGAGACUAACAUUUUGAACUUAAGCUUGUUUUGUUCAAUGAACUUAAAAUAAACCUCCAGUUUGGGGUUAAAAUAGAGCUUUGAGCAACACUUGAGUGUGUGUGUGCAUGCUGCUGCAUGUGUGCAUGUGACUACGUCUGCAGUCAUGCUAUCAUGCAAAGGUCUAGACUAUAACACAGCUCAUCACUGUUGGCACAGGGCUGCAGUCAGCGCAAUGACAUGCCCAGUUUCCUCUGGCACAACAGUUACAACACGCAGAUGAAAUGUGUUUGAAAACUCGACAAACUCUUCCUGCUUCAGUCCUGUGCAGAAUUUCAGCUCUUAUCACUUCUGUCGUGGUGUUGGUUGUUGUUCACUAAUGUGAAAGGAAGUGGCUGCUGUAGCCGCUUUUUUUUAAAACCUGCUAUCUGCUUGUGUGAAUGACAGCCACUAUCAUCAUCAUCAUCAUCAUGCUGUACUUCAGCGUGAAGACAUGACCGCUCAAAGUUAUUGAUACCUGACUGUGUCACCUCGACAAGUUUUGGGGAACAUGAGUGAUUUUACACUGAGUGACGCAGGUUCACAGCAGGAAACUGAUGCAAGAGCUCAGUUUCUUUAGAGCUCUGACUCUGUAACCAUCUGUCUGUGUGUGUGUGUGUGUGUGUGUGUGUGUGUGUGUGUGUGUGUGUGUGGUUAAUGUCUGUAAAAUGUAUGUAAGUGUACAGAGCAUGAGUGUGCGCAGUUAUAUGUCAUGAGUGUCACUGGAUGCUAAUUCAGGGAUAAACUGAGAGUCAGAAGGUCAUCCUGAUGCAGUGGACUCUAAAAUUUUCAAUAAGUGAUUUGACCUUUUUGUAAAAGGUGAGGGGACUGUUGUGAUGGAGAGUUGUGAUAUACCGCUUGAUGUGCACCCACCUACACACAGGAGGGAGAGAGAGAAACACCACAUAGUUGCACAUAGUUGAUGUAAAUACAUUAUAUGUGUGUGUAAGUGAAGAUAAGAUAUUCCUUUAAAAGUUCCACGGGGGGAAAUUCCAAAAUGACAGCAGCAUAAAUACAGAUACAAAAAGAGGACAUUAAAGGAUAAAGAAACUUAGAGUUAAAAAAAAAUCUAUGUAUGCUAGUUUUACCUGACAAAGUUUGACUCGACCUCACCUUCUUUUAUUUUCUGUAAACAUGUUUAUUUAAACUGUAAAAAUUAACAUUCAAACAUGGGUGCUGCAGGAACUUCCUUCACUUUUGGAGCCAGCCCUCAAGUGGACACUUAGGGAAUUAAAUUAUUCAACACUGGAAGCUGCCACUUGUUUUCCCCUUUUGUUAUAUAAUGGCAGUAAGCAAACAGACUUCAAAUGCCAGAGCAGCGUGUUUCAACCAAGUGCUGGUUAUGAAAACGGCAGGAACAACAAAAACAGUAUUUAGUUUAAAUGUUAAUCAUAUUUACGAUAUUUUUUAUCAUUUUGAUCUGCAAAAGCCUAAAAAAAACUUCAUGAGGCUAAAGAUACUGUGAAUUCAGAAACGACACAAUCAUAAAAACAUGUGCAAAAGUUUAAAAAACAGACUGAAAAUGAAAAACUGUACUGCAAAGAGCCGAAACAACUGCAUCUACAACAAACAUGCUGCAAAUACACAAAUGAUGCAAUGUAAAUAUAUAUAAAUUUUUCUUGAAAACAUAAUUCUAAUCUAUUUUAUAACCGUCCAUAAUGGUUCCUCCAUUAAAGUCGUGUGUUUUCUGCAUGAUGUUGGAGUCAUAGAGAACUGACUGAUACAUUUAGUAUCUUCUUCACUGUCCCAUCAUUGAUAUAACUGUUCAUGUAACGCUCUUACAGACCUCUGUUAAAGAGUCUUGAUAGUCAGCAUUUAUCUUUUUGAGGUCUCUCUCUUGUUUGGUUUAUUUUUGUCUUUGCUUCAUUUGUGUGUUGGACUUUUGCAUGGGUUGAUAGAUCUGCAUUAUGUCUUCAUUUACUGUCUGAUGAGGACAUUCAGGCUCUUGCAGAUCCUCUUCUCUUGAUAGUGAUCUUAUUUUCUUUCCACUGAUAUCUGCUGGCUAAUGAGACUACAAGCAGCCUGUCAGCUUUACUUCGCUCUGCUUGGAAACAAAGAAAAAAAAAUUGUCUGACUUUGUCCAAAUAGAAUAAUUUAAUCUAGAGUGUCCAGCUAAUGUCUACCUGCUGUUUUCAAUUGUUUCAGGUCUUUAUCAUAAGCUAAUCUAACAAGCAUAGAUGGCUCUUGGAUGAGUAUAGAUCUCACCGUUGAACUACAAAGCAGGAACCCUUUCCUAUCCAAGUGUCAAACUGAACCAGUGAGUCAAUCAAACAUACAAACGUUGGUAUUUUUUGUUUUUAAUUUUAGGAACUACUUUUAAAUAAACAUAAAUCCUGAUUCGUUGGAAAAUAGAAACCUCGCCAGAACAUCUAAUAUUGCUUUUAUCAUUUCAACAUCAAUGUGAAGGGACUCCUUGUUCUUGGUGAAACUCUUUGAAGAGCAGCACAAAGAUAUCACUUCCUCGGUAUCAAUCAGCGGUUUGGAAGUUUUUCACUUGACGUCAGCUCCUUUUGAAAGCUGUCACUGAAGUCUCUCCUUUGAGGCACCGGGGGACCAGUCUCAUCUCAAACUGAGGCCAGCCUCUGGCAGCUGAGGGUGUGGUGUGACAUUGGCCUCUGUGUGUGGGCUCAAGGUUCCUCAACAGACUUUAACUUUCCACUAAUCGAAGGAAGGGUGAUGCGAUUAAAAGUAGACCAAAGAGCCCUCAAACCUCUAGGUGGAGACCUUCAAAGUGUUGCCAGCCCUCCAGCGACGAUGUUGCAGCUUCCUGUUUACCCAGCGCGCUCCUUCCUCUUCUCUUCUCUUCUGUCAUCUUUCUGAAGAAGACACGGUGAAUUUAAGAACAACUGAGCAGAGAGGGCUCAAUCUAACCCAUCGAUCUCUGCAGUCCUACCACCCUGCUCAGACUCAGACCAUCUCCACCUCUUCUGGGCCACGUAGACCUGCUUCCUCUGUUCUUUUUACUCUGUGUCAGACCACCACAGGAUGAGCUCACACAAACUAGGUUGUCAAGGGUGAUGAGUGUAGGCAAAAGGUGACAUUCAUGAAAAAACCCCUCAGUGUUUGACCUUCUGAGCUCUCAGUUUGCAGGUCCGUCUCCUGCAGACCACUCUGCUAUUUCUGUGCAACAAUCUCAGCUGCAUUCAUGCACCUUCCACAGGAAACUGGUCAGCUUAGACCGGCGGUUUCCUUUAGGUCUGAAACUGGGAACAAAAAUAGUCUAGAGAGCAGCCCCUCAAACUUGAUAGGCUGAUGUUUAUUCAUAUCAAAAAGAGGAAGUACUGCAUGCAGCUGAUCAUAACGGUAAUGUUUUAGUAAUCUUCACAGCUCUGGCUGUGACACAGCAGGUUUGUCGGUUUUAAUGACACUUUUACCGACCGCUGUCCUUUGGUGCUCUGCAGCUCGAUCCAAGAGUGUGAUACCUGGAGAGGGAAGCCCUGGCUCGGGCUCGCCGCGCUCCUCCAGAUCCAUGGAGAGGCCCCUGAAGGCCGGAUGGCUGAAGAAACAGCAGAAGUCUUUGGUGAAGAACUGGCAGCAGAGGUACUUUGUGCUGAGAGGAAGCACGCUGACCUACCACAAGGAUGACAAGGAGACCACGGUCCAGGUCAGACUCUCAGUUUAUCUCAGCUCUAAGACUAAAGGCAACAGACCGGCACAUGUUGAUUCAUUUAAAGCUUUUCCAAAUACAUAUUAUUUUAUAUUCAUUUAAAGUAAAGUAAUGAAUGUAAGCUGGUAACAGUUUUAAAGUCUGUAUUUACAGUGUUAAAGUAUUUCUGUAUUAAUUUAUAGCUUCAAAAGGAACCUCUUUUAUUUCCAAUCAACACCACAAACACCACUGUGUGGCUAACUUUGCACACUUCCUGUAAACAAACCAGAUGGUGCUUGAAACCUUGUUAAAGAGAUCUCCCACUAAUGAAGGUCUGUCUGCUAAACUCUAAUGUCUGUUCUCUAACGCUUGACCAGCUAAACGUCCAUCCAGAACCAAACAGUCUUAUCACGCUGAACUUCCUAACAAGAUCAUCUCGCCUCCGUGGUGCCAUAAAUAAUUAAGAUUCACAGGGUGGCAACACUUAAGAAAAGGCAAAAAUCUGUACAAAAACCCUGUGUAUAGGUUGAUAAUCAUUUUAAUAAUAUAAAUGAAAGUGAAAAGGUCACUUCACAUGACCAUGUCUGGUUCCUGUUCAUCUUUCUUCAUCUGUAUCCUGUUAAAGGUGCAGUGUGCAGUGUUUAGAAACAUUCAGCAGAACAAACAUGGUAGAAAUUGGACCCAACAUUCAUGUCCAUCCAGUACACUCUGUUUGUCUUUAUACAGUGGACCUAAAAAGCAUGCAUACAACUAAAAUAAAAUACAAGGAUGGUUCUAGAGACUAGAUACCUUGAAAUCUGACUGGCCAACUUUGUUAUCACCCCUAAAAUAUGCAAAACAACUUGUUGUUUUCCUUGCAGUUUAAUUGUACAAAUUUUCUGUUAUUGUUUCUUGAUCGUUUGUCUUUGUCCUCAGUCCAAAAUAAUGAAGCUCGAGAUCACAAAACUAUUACUCUGGGUACUUUUUAAAGUAAAAGAAAUUCUCUACAUAGAAUUUUCAAUCGAUCUCAAGUGUUUUCCCAAGAUGCCCAACAAAGAAAAACUGGUCGAGACAAAAUUCUAUUAACAAAGAUCCAAUGUAAAAAAGAUGUGAUAAGAUCAGACCCACACCCUGAAACACUGAGCAGCAUUUAGCAAGUAACUGUGGAGAGGAAGAACACCCUUUAACAGGCAGAAACCUCGAGCAGAACCAGACUCAUGUGAGACAGUCAUCUGCUGAGACUACAUUGGAUUUACAUCAAGAGAGAUACGGUCAGAGGCAACAACAACAACAACAAUAUUACAAACAGAUGUAUGAUAAAGAAAACUGAUGCUGAUAAAUUAACUUCAGCUUUUCAACAGAGAUACAAGUUUGCAUGAUAUCUGUAUGUAAGAAGUCUAAGCAGAUGUGAUCAGUGGAGAUGUUAAGUCUAAACAAAUGCUCUCCAUUUGUGUGUAAGUCAAAAAAAAAGUGUGCACACGCCUCUAAAACCAAAGUACUGCAGAACAACUGAGGGCAUUGGGCAAUUUUCUUAUUUCUGCAAAAGCUUCGCAAUAAAACAAACCUUCUGUCCAAAUGUACGACUCAGAGUUCGACUCUGUAUUAACUCGGAGUGUGAACAGUUAAGGUUAAUAUUAACAUACAGUGGUUAGUGAAUGAAUGUCACCGCAGUGGUGGCUGGUUCUAGACACGACCAACCUUUGGUUUUUGACAUCACCCUGAUGUGUAUUUUCAUUGUCUGUUGGUCGACAGGGAGUCAUUCAGCUGCGGUUCAGCAAAGUCAAAGAACUCCCUCUGAACUCCGAAGAACCUGGGAAGUACCUCUUUGAGAUCAUACCACGUAAGCAUGCCACUGACCCCUAAAAGGAGCCGAACUGAUUCAUUUCAUCACUUUUUUGUUGCACAUACAUUAGGGUUAGGGUUGUUAGUGUCUCGUGUUUUUUAGCUGUAAGCUGAGACAGCUACAGAAAAGGCUUCCUUAAACAUUUCCUGUAUCAAGUGUUUCUAAAUGAUGGCUCUACUUCUGCUUUGAUAACAUGUUCCUCUCUGAUCUCUGCCCUCAUGACACAGCGUUUAUACCAAAGUCAGCCAAAAACGAGACUAGCAUCUUUGUCAGCUGUUGAAAGAAAUGCUUGUCAUUUUCUUCAGGGUGAUGCACUUCCUAAUAAAAACCGGUUAUUUCCCAGGUUCAACAGGAGACAGAGAGCGAUGUCCUUACGUGUUAAUGGCGAACUCGCAGAGCGACAUGGAGGAGUGGGUGCGGAUCCUGCGCCGAGUCAUAGGAGUACCAGCGAGUGGAGGUUCAAUAAAGACCUAUGCUUUGAUAAAAACUGGAUCUGUCUGCUUUCUAGCUGCUUCAACUACAAGCAUCAAUCUCACCUCUGUCCAUCUCCCUCUGUCUCCUCUCUAAACCCAAAGUAGUCUCAGCAGAUGACUGUCUCACAUGAGUCUGGUUCUGCUCAGGGUUUCUGCCUGUUAAAGGAAGUUUCUCCUCUCCACUCUAACUUGCUAAACGCUGUUCAACAGUACAAGAUUUGUGUAUUUGUUGAUCAAAAAGCUGGUCCUCAAACUUGUCAUGUUUGUUCUGUCUGCUUCUCUUCAGUCUUUGGAAAGGGGCUGAUGGACACAGUGACAUAUGAGCAGCGCUUUGGGCCUCACAUGGUGCCCAUCCUGGUGCAGAAGUGCGUGGAGUUCAUCAAACAGCACGGUCUAGAUGAAGAGGGUAUCUUCCGCCUCCCAGGUCAGGACAACGCCGUCAAACAGUUCAGAGACGCCUUUGAUGCAGGAGAAAGACCCUCCUUCCCCAGGUGAGACAAACUCAUGCCAACUUCUGAGAAAAACUGAGUGUGUUGGUUCGUGUGCGGCUAAUUCAUCAAGUUUGCAAAGUGAGUUAUUCUAGAAACCCUUUAAAGGAAUGACUGGAAACUGAUGAUCUUUGGUUCGGUAUAAGAAGAUAACUGCUAUAUAAGGAAGGACAGACCGAUCGAUCAUCAGCUUUUUACCGAGAAAACAAGUAAAAGAGAGACGCAGAGUGUCUGACGGAUCUGUGUCUCAGAUCUGGAGGCGAUACCACAUCCUGUUCAGGCAGGCACACAGGAGGAAGCCUGCAUUACUCAACAUCUAAAGCUCCCCUGACAGAGCACUGUCGACUCAAAUCUCUAUUAACUUCACAUGUGAGGCUGCAAUCCAGAGGUUUUACACUUCAGGUCAAAAUGUUCUUUCCUUCAGACAGAAAAUGCUGAAAAUAUGAGCAGAUAACAAACCUUGCUUCUUGUGUGAAUGAGCUUGUCCAGACUUUCUUGUCUGGGGUGAUUCAGCUGGAACAAACACUCAUGCAUGGGUGGCACAUGCACACACAGACACACAAAUAAACAUCACUUACUGACUUUAUCAUCCCCUGCAACAACUAAAAUGAAGAAAUUUAUACCGACUCCUUACUCCUGGGAUUAUCUGAUUUUUACUUUGGCUCCUCUGUGAAAUAAGACACAUCCCUCAAAAUGCAGCUGAGUUUGUUCAAUCCCUGUGAAAGCCAGUAUUUUUACACUGAAAUCCAUCCAUCAUGGUUUUUGUCUAUCUUUACCUGCAGUGACACAGAUGUCCACACGGUGGCAUCACUCCUCAAACUCUACCUGCGAGAGCUACCUGAGCCGGUGGUGCCCUGGACCCAGUACCAAGACUUCCUGGACUGCACUACGAUGCUGGACUCCAGCAGCACAGAGGUACAUUUAAUGACAAUGACUUCACAGUGAGGCUUGCACAUGAACUUUGAGGGUCCAUUAACUCUGAUCUCUCCAUCAGGUGUCCGCACAGGGUUGGGAAAAGUUGGAAAAACAAAUCGCUCUCCUCCCCAGAAUGAACUACAAUCUUCUUAGUUAUGUUUGCAGGUGAGUAGAAACUUUGAAGUAUUAUGAAGUACAUUUAAGAGAAAAACACGAGCCAGUUCAAGAUGGCGGCUCGAGUAGACGCAGCGACCUGGUGGCAAUAUUUUUUUUUGUAGAAUGGAAGGGGAAAGUCCCGCCUCCUUCGUCUCUGAUUGGCUAGAAAAGCUGGAAAUGUCAUCACGAUCUGGUAUGAUUUGUGGUUUGACAGAUCAUACCAAGAGAUCUGCAGUCAAACUUAUUCAAACUUUAAUCUACAGGGACUCACAAAUUCCCCUCUGGUUACAAUCACUGACAUUUGCUUCAAUUCAGAGUCAUUGAAAAGAGACGCUGAUCGUGUUUUUGCAGGUUUCUGUUUGAGGUGCAGCUUCACUCCAAAGUGAAUAAGAUGAAUGUGGAGAACUUGGCCACGGUGAUGGGGAUCAACCUGCUCAAACCUCAGAUAGAAGACCCAAUCACUGUGAUGAAGGGUAAGAGAGCAACACUGACACUCCUGGAUGAACAUGCAGUUGUUUUCAAUCAUUUCCGUAACUUUUAUCCAAGUAGCCCAAGAAGCAAUACUUCAAAAUAAAAGCAUGAAAAACAAUCAUUUUGUAUUUCUCCAAGAGGUUUGAUCACAAGACUUGUCUGUUGCUCCAUCUUUGUUUUGCUGUUCCUCAAUUUGACUGAUUAUGUUGUUUUAUAUUCAAGUUUUCCAUUUAAUUCACUGUAACAUCCCAAUAUUUUAAAGCCAAUGAUACGAUAACGUGCCAAUGUUCUGGUCUCCUGACUUUCAAUACCUGUAUCUCACUGUCUGAGAAACACUAGACCUCCUUAUGUCGUGUAUUUACUAAUUUAUGAAGCAAUGAUAUGUAGCAAUACUGCAGCGUGACCUACAUCCUUCUCUUUUUCAUAUGAUGUUCAGUAAAAGUGAAACAGCCUUCACAAAAGAUACCAGAAGCCUAUCUCCUUUAGAAACUCCAGUAAUUGAAGUACUGAUAAAGCAAAAACUUUGUGCAACUUCUUCAAAAGUCUGAUGAACUCGACCAAACCCACAUUAAAGCCACACCCACCGAGCUCAAGAUCGAAAGCAGCUAGAAUUUGCAUAAAAACCUUACGACUGGAUGUGUUUAUCAUAAUCUUUCACAUCUUUGUUUGUUGUUCUUCGCAGCAACUCCCCAGAUCCAGAAGCUGAUGACAGUGAUGAUCAGACAGCAUGAGACUUUGUUUCCGCUCUCUAAAGACGUGCUUCCCCCCUCUCCCUCAAACAAGGCUGACAGCCAAAAGAACACUCCCCGAAGCUUUGUGGGCUGGGAGUCCGCAGAGGUAAGGGCAGCGGACCACACAUCGAGCUCCUGUUCUGUUUGUGAUGAUCUGAGUUUGGACGGUGUGAUGUUUCAUAAGACGUAUCCUGAAACAGGGUGAGGCAAAGACCAACAGAAAACAUGCAUCUGGUCUACUCCUACUGCAGGAUUACAUAGUAGAAUAGGAUAAUGAUGUACUGAGACCAAGAGGGAUCAUGUCCCACAGUCUUUUCUGGGAGUCCCUGAGCUCCAUCAUGCUGUAGGUUCCUCUGGAUCGCUGCUGCAGAUGUUUUACUGCCUGUUUUCCAGCUGCUUCAACUACAUGCAUCAAUCUAACUUCUGUCCAUCUCUCUCUUUUUGCAUCUCCCUCUAUCUCCUCUCUAAAACCAAUGCAGCAAAAGCAGAUGACUGUCUGACAUGAAUCUGGUUCUGCUCGAGGUUUUUGCCUCUGAACUCUGCAUACCAAUCAUACCGUCUUUUUAAAGCACCCUCUGAAUGUUAGGAAUAUACUACACCCCUGACCACAGAUUUUAGACCAGGUUAAUGCACCACCUUUGUGCUUCACUGCACUUAGUUUAAGACCGACAUACCCACAGGUGUGAACGUAGGUGCAAGUUUACUCGCUGUCAAAACAACACCGGAGCUGGGUGCAAAAUUGUACGGAAAAUGAUGUGCUGCAUGUGAAAACACUUGGUUCAAAACACGGUCCAAAGAUGGCAAAAAUUAUGUAUGUACUUUUACUUGUAGGUUGAAGUUGUUUUACUUAUUUGUCUAGAGUAAGUCUAACAGACACAGGGGAUGGCUCCUAAGUCGAGAAAGCAGCCGAACUGAGACAGAAUCUGGGCUGUCAGCUGCUGCAGAGGGGGUCAGGUUAAACUCUUUCUAACAAACUCCAAUUCUCUAUUGAUGCACCCUCUGAAUGUUAGGAAUAUACUACACCCCUGACCACAGACUUAAGGCCAGUUUGAUGCACCACCUUUGUGCUUGACUGCACCUAGUUUUAAGACAAAUAUACCCACAGGCGCGAACGUAAGUGCAAGUUUACUCGCUGUCAAAACAACACAGGAGCUGGGUGCAAACUGUAUGGAAAAUGAUGAGCAUGAUCCAAAGAUGGCAAAAAUUAGAUGUACAUUUACUUGUAAGUUGAAGUUGUAUUAGGUAUUUGUCUAGAGUAAGUCUAACAUCCACAGGGGAUGGCUCCUAAGUCGAGAAAGCAGCCAGAGAACCAAAACAGAAUCUGGGCUGUCAGCUACUGCAGAGGGUGUCAGGUUAAGCUCUUUCUAACAAACUCUAUUUCUCUGUGGAAGAAAACUUUCACAGCUUUUCUUUACCGGCAAGAGGCUGAUUCAUUUUUUGAUUUACUCUCAGGUGUGAUUCAUUCAUAGUCUUUUGUCUGCCGCUCACUGCUCAGUCAGAUCUCAAAUAAAAAAAGCCAGUGAUUUGUCAUGAAGUUGUAAGUUUGGCUCUGUUGAAACAUCUGACUACAUUUCAUUCAUAACUAUUCUUUCAAAUGAUUUUGAUCAUCUCCUUUAACUGUGAGAAAGACUGAAGCUGUCCUUUGUUGCACGGCUGGUGUUGUGAACAAAGGUGAUAAAAUGUGGUCGAAACAAAGCUGAACCGUGAAGAUGAACUUGUGUCGGAAAUCUUACACACAGAAAAUACAACCAGUUGUGAAGCCUCUAUACUUUGCAUUGGUUUCUUCUGGCAUAAGCUGUAAUACAUGUUAAUUAUUUGCUGAUAAUGGUGAUUAGAGUGGAUUUACUCAAUCGUAUCUUGCUGUGUGUUUGGUUACGAUUUUACUUUCUGGAAAUUUUCUCUCGCAUGAGCUUGCAAAUACUUUGAUGGUUGAGUUUGAGUGGACAGAGAAAGAAAUGGCUUCAUAAAACAUCUACAUUUUUAUAAAAACUCAUGCCCUUUAAAUGACAGAUCUGAGUUUGUGUUUUAUUCAAAUGAACUGUAUGUGUUAAGUAAACUCUAUAUUUGUAAUGAAUCUUGGUUUCUCACCUCAGAUGGGUGAUGCAUCUCUCUCUGAGUCUCCAGAAGAGGAGGAAGACAAUGACAGUCCAGGACCAGACAGAGGGAACUUUAGCCCCCUAAAUGUACACCAGGAUCCUUUCCCCCCCUCUACAGACGACUGGUCUGGAAGUCCCCGCAAACGCACCCAGACUCUCCCCACCUUCAACUGCCCCCUCACCGGGAUGGCUGCCAAAACCGACGCCCUCAACAGAUGGAGGAUCCAGGAGAGCGUGGACGAAAACAGCGGGACGUUAUCGGAGGACAUUUUUAAGAUCCUGGACCUGCGCAGCACCGGCUCAUUGUUUGGAAAGUCUCAGUUCGGUACAAAGGAAGGAGAGGAUAGACUAACGGCCAGGAGAGGAAGUGACAACACAGGAUCUUCUACCGCUCCCACACAGAAACCGGACAGUGACUCCAGACCUGCUCCGGUGUUGUCUCGUCAGAGGAGUGUAGAGAGCCUGACGGAGAGCAGCUCGGCUCUGCAGGUCAAUAACAAGACCGAGCAGAAGAAAGACGGCCAGGCUCCUGCAGACAGGUAACCUCAGUAAACCAUGACUUACUUUUAAUUCAACUCAAAAAACUCAAAUUAAAAUCAUCUGGAAACUCUACAGCAAUAAAUAGUUCAACAUUGUCCCUUUAAAACAGUAUCCAGGUGUGCCUCAAGGCUUCGUUCUGGGACCACUGCUCUUUUCUCUAUCCAUUAUCAAGCUGUCAGAGAGCUGUAUGUAUUGGCUGCCAGUUGUAUGUUAACGAUGUAGUCAUUUAUGUUUUUCCAAAUAUCUCAGAAAUGUCUGCGUAGUCUUUGAGUCGACAGCUGACAUGAAUCUCCCAUUGCUAAAAAAACAACUUCUCAACUUUGAUUAAAAAAUAAAUCAGUUUUUACUGUGCGCCUCAUUUCCAACAGCCCAUCCAGAGACAAGGACUGCAAAUAAACCAUGUCUAAAAGCCUUUUACACACUGUUUAGGUUGCACUCGAGUUAGAUGUAACAAUGGCUACACGUGUUGUCCCUGUUAAGUCAACAAAUAAAUAAACAUGAUUGUUUCAGCAGCUAUUUCGAAACACUUUCAAUCCUAGAAGGAGCAGACAGACAAGAACAGGCCACUGGACAAGAACCAAUAAAAUGACAUUUAACUCCAGCAAAACUGAUUCAUAUCAAAAACAUAUGAGGCAAUCUGACUGUGCUGGCAGGAUGUUUAUUUUCUGAAUCUUACUCACACAGUCCCGACAUUUGGACUCAGUUUAGGUAGUUUUGCAAUAGUUGAACACGGCAGGAUAUUGAUCCCAGAAGUUUUUACUAUUCUUAAGAACCCCGGGUCUCUUUCUGUUUUCCUUUCAGUCUAGAGCAUGAGAACAAGGAGCUGAAGGCCACAAUAGCAGAACUCCAGUCGGCUCUAGAGGCCGAGCGCCGCCGGGUCGCUGCUCUGGAGAUCUGCCUGAGAAACGCCGAGCGAAGCAGGGAUGAGGCGCAGAAACGAAAUGAGGAGCUGCAAAGAGACAUUCAACAGUUCCUCACCAAGAAAUCACAAGCUCCCACCUAAGAGCUCCUGUCAGACCCACUAGAAUAUAAAUGUAGGACUUUGUUAACUCAGAACAGCUAAUAUCCAUAAAAUGGUUUCAGAAAAGUGAUAAUGUCCUUCUUUGGAGGAUUGUUUCAGUUUGACCCUCAGUUAUUUAAACCUGGAAGAAAGUGUUGAGAAGGAGCCUAAAAAGGCUUAUUUAUCCGUUUAUCCGGUGCCCUGAUGAUAUGUAUGUUUCACAGCACACACAGGAAAAACAGCGCAAAAGCUUGAAUGAUAGAUUAUUGAACUCAUUUGAAAUGAGUGUUUAAGAGACGCUGAAAAAACAACAUUUGCUUGGACUGAUCCCUUCAGAUCACAGGUCAGCUGGACUGAAAAUUCUGCUUUAUAUGAAUGUGGAAGAAUGUCCAUAAAGUUUGAUUUGAUUGGUAAAUUAAUGAAACAGCGGAAAGUUACGUGUUUGAAUGUGCCUUGAAUAAAUGUUAUCCUGCAGGUUUAAAAAA